AGACUCGGUUGUGAGGGAAGAGGCUGCGACGAGUCGGUGAUGGCGCUGCCUGUCGACGAUGACGUCCCUUUAAUCUUGACAGACGACAACACGGGGCCGAGCGCCGACACAAACAGAGACGAUAUCCCCAACGAAAAUGGAGGAGGAUAUGAUAUUAUCAAUGCUGAAGUGGUGGCGAUACCAGAUGUUCGAGACUACAGACCAAGCUAUGGUUCUCUGAAACAAGUCUGGGAGAUGAACUAUCAGGAAGCAGCGAUCUACUUGCAAGAAGGAGAAAAUAAUGACAAGUUUUUCACACAUCCAAAAGAUCAAAAAGCCCUUGGAGCCUACCUCUUUGUGCACAAUCACACAUUCUACAUGAUGGAGCUGAUUUCUGGAUUGCUGCUGUUAAUACUCUCAUUGUGCGAGGCUCCAGCUGUUCCCUCACUCCGACUCGACAUUUAUGUGCAUGCCACAUUGGAACUGCUUGCACUUCUCACAGUGGUGUUUGAACUUGCUAUGAAGAUGAGAUGGUUGGGUUUUCAGACGUUUAUUAGACAUAAAAGAACUAUGCUGAAAAGUGCAGUUUUGUUUGUACAGUUUAUAGAAGUCAUUGUGGUACUAAUCAGACAGACGUCACACGCCCGGGUGACCCGAGCUUUGCGACCCAUCUUUCUGGUGGACUGCAGAUAUUGUGGUGCUGUGAGAAGAAAUUUGCGCCAAAUCUUCCAGUCUCUUCCUCCCUUUAUUGACAUUUUAUCGCUUCUACUAUUCUUCAUGGUUAUUUUUGCCAUUUUAGGUUUUUAUUUGUUUUCUGCCAAUCCGUUGGAUCCAUAUUUUAGCACUCCAGAAGACAGCCUUGUUAGUUUGUUCGUUCUGCUAACUACAGCUAAUUUUCCAGAUGUGAUGAUGCCAGCUUAUUCCAAAAAUUCUUGGUCCUGUGUAUUCUUUAUUGUGUACUUAUCCAUCGAACUCUACUUCAUCAUGAAUCUGCUUCUUGCUGUGGUGUUUGACACAUUUAAUGAUGUUGAAAAGAAGAAGUUCAAAUCACUCCUUUUGCACAAACGAUUAGCAAUAGAGCACGCCUUCCGCCUCCUGGUCAGCAAACGGAGGCCUAAUGGCAUUUCCUUCAAACAGUUUGAGGGUUUAAUGAGAUUCUAUUACCCAAGAAUGAGUGCUAGAGAUAAAUAUCUCCUCUUCAAAGCACUGAAGAAAAGCAAUACAGAGUUACUUGGAAUAGAAGAUUUUUACAACUUCUAUGAAGUUACUGGAUUAAAAUGGAAAGCAAAAAGAAGUGGAGACUAUUGGUUUUAUGACCUCCCACAUACUCCAUUUCUUAUUUUUAAAGGUAUUAAUAUCCUUGUGAAGUCCAAAGCAUUCCAAUAUGCCAUGUAUGUUGUAAUUGCUGUAAAUGGAAUUUGGAUACUGGCAGACACACUCAUGAUUAAAGAUGGUGCCUUUUUCCUUAGAAUUGUGCCCUGGAGUUACAUUGUAUUUCUCACAAUUUAUGGGGUUGAAAUGUUGCUGAAAAUUACUGGACUGGGACCAUCUGAAUAUUUCACAUCUGGAUGGAAUCUGUUUGAUUUCCUGGUCACCAUAUUUGCAUUUGUUGGAAUAGUGGUCUUGGCAUUUGAUAUGGAGCCAUUCUAUUUCAUUGUCAUAUUGAGACCACUUCAGUUGCUAAGAUUAUUUAAGAUUAAGAGAAGAUACAGAGAUGUUCUGGACACAAUGUUUGAAUUACUUCCUAGAAUGGCCAGUUUAGGGUUGACACUCUUGAUAUUCUACUACUCAUUCGCAAUUGUGGGAAUGGAGUUCUUUGCUGAUGUUCUCUACCGUAACUGUUGCAAUAAUAGCAUGGUUGCCGAUUCUUAUCGUUGGGAAAAUCGGACUGUUGGUGACAGAACAGUGAUACAGGGGUACUAUUCUCUCAAUAACUUCAAUAACAUACUGAAUAGUUUUGUAACUUUAUUUGAGUUGACGGUUGUAAACAAUUGGUAUAUAAUCAUGGAAGGUGUGGUAUCUCAGACUUCUCAUUGGAGUCGUAUUUACUUUAUGACUUUUUAUAUUGUAACAAUGGUUGUGCUAACUAUUAUCGUUGCCUUUAUUUUGGAUGCCUUUCUGUUUCGUAUGAACUAUAGUAGAAAAAAUAAAGAUGAGGAAGAUGAAAAUGGAAUUGUUUUCGAGACUGAGGUGGACAAAGUGGAAGUUGAUAGACUUCUUGAAUUCAACAAACAGAAUGGUUCGCCAUCAUCUGAGAUCUCUGGACUUUUUAAAUUGUCAUCCAGAAUGGCAAACAAUGACCAACUUAAAAUGGUUUUUAUUGGCAGAAGAUUAAGAACUAAAAGUGACCUGAGUAUUAAAAUGUAUGAAGAAGAGAUUCAGGAAUGGUUUGAAGAGCAUGCUCGAGUAAACCAAAUGCAGCAGGACCAGCCACUGGAAUGUAUUUUGAACUCCAGCACUCACCUGCCUUCUGCAGAACUACGACAGCGAUCUCAGACUGUAACUUAGAAAUAUAACCAACUUGUCCACUAUGCAAUAAUUAUUCAGUAUUACUUUGUAUCUGGUGUUUUGCACGUAUGCACUUAAGGAUGAGUUGCCAUUUAGAAGACCUACUGUGUUGGCAGAAUCCCGAUCUCUGGAAGGGACUAGACUGCUGGGGGUAUAGUAGCCACAUUACUCAGAAAUUCUGAUCUGAUCACUUUCAUCUGUGGUAAGUUAUAUUUGUCAGAAGAUAUAUACUGUUAAGUUUAUUUUAAGUUUCAUUAAUAUUUAGCUUUUAGCAGUUUUAUUUCAUACCUGAUUUUAUAGCAUACUCUGUGGAAAGCUGAUCACAAUAUUUUAAUAUCAAACCUCCACAACCAGUGUUAUUUUUAUCGCGUCAAUUCUAUGUCUUUAACCUGUACUGAAAAAAAUCAUUCUUUUUUGCCUGAGAAAAUCUAAUUCUCAGGGUCACUUCUAUUUGUAAACCAUAGUAUUAAAUACAGGGACCUAGAUGAAUCCGUAAAUGGAACAUUAUCCUAACCUUAGUAUUGAACUGUAGUGAUUUCAGAUGCUGUUGCCACUACAUUCGGGAAUAUAUACUAAAGAUUCAAUUUGUAUUAUUUGCUGGAAGUUCUAUAAUAUUGAUAUUAAAUUCGUUUUUGUUUAAUUGUUCUGUAAUUUUCCAUUAAAUUCAAGCCUGCUUGGUGCUGCACAUUAUACUGGUUUUCAAUUUGCAGUGCUCCUCUGAUUGUAACACAGUGUUUUUGCAAAAUUCUGUGUGCGCAAAAAUUGAAUAUCUAUUUCUAAUUCACUUGUUUUCCAUUAGUUGAUCAGAUUAACCAUUCCAAAGGAUUAUUUUACUGAAACCUGGAGAAAUACUUCUUUAAUUAUUGUUUUCAUGUUUAUAAUGUUAUGUGUUAUUGAAACUUAUAUGAAUAACCCGGUUAAGUUUUUCAUUUGGGUACAAAAUGCCUUUUCCAGCUACUAAAAGUAUAAUCGAUGAUAAAGUGGUAAUCCUGAACUAGUUAUUUACCAUUUGAGAGGAGUGGUACAAGGCCUUUCACAUGAGUAGUGUAAACCUUUUGCAGAUUUGUUUAAUGAAGUAAAAAAUAUAAAGGAGGAUCAGAUAUUCCACAGGUCAACCUGAAGGCAAGUGAGGGGCAGAAUCUUCAUGGAGCAGCAAGCUACUGUUGAAUUAAAGCAUUAUAGGAAUGAAAUGGUCUUCCAGAGUUUUGUUUGAUUUGGAGAUUGAGUAGUAAUGCACAGAAUUUUCUCCCUUGAAUUACCUAAUGACUGGGGGAAGAUUUCAUGACAACAGUGCAGAUUGUGCUGAGUCUGCAAAUGACCAGGCAAAAUGCCACUUUUUAUUAUUUAUUUGAGAGCCCAAAAUUUAGACAUAAUGUGAUAAUAAAGAUGUUGACAUUUUUCCUUUUUGACUAUAAUUUGGUGAGAAAUUGUUCAUGUAGUGGUGCACUGGCUACAAUUUUUUUUAAAAAAAGUUGCUAGAAAAAAAAGCAAUUUCAAUAGCUAAUAUAUAACGGAAUUCAAUUCCAUGUGUUGGGUAACUAUCAACAAGGAGAACUGUGUGUCAUUAAGUUCAACAAAAAAUUAAUUCAACUUAUCAAUUCAAAACAUAGAUAUUAAGCCAUAGAAAUAAAUUAGAUGUAAUGCAGCAAUUACGCAAGAUAGAGUACCUACAUCCAUCUACAGGAUAGAGUGGAUAUGGAGAGGAAGUUUCCAGUGGUGGGAAAGUCUAGGACCCAGAGGGCACAGCCUCAGAAUAAAAGGACAGCCCUUUAUAACAGAUGAAGAGGAAAUUCUUUAGCCAGAGGGUGCUAAAUCUGUGAAAUUCAUUGUCACAGACAGCUGGAAGCCAAGUCAUUGGGUAUAUUUAAAGCGGAGGUUGAUACGUUCUUGGUUAGUAAGGGUGUCAAAGAUUACAGGGAGAAGGCAGGAGAAUGGGGUUGAGAAUGAAAAAUAAAUCAGCUAUCAUCUAUAUAUUAAUUUAAUCAUUUAGAUGUUAGGUUUCUGAUGCAAAAUAAUAAUGUUAAAUAAAUCUUAAUUGCAGGGAUAAAAGUAUUUAUCUUUUUAAAAUGUCAUGGGCAUAAUUUAUUUACUAAAUGUUUUACGGACAAAUGCAUCCACUGCUAAUUCUAAUUAUACUCCUGCUGUAUAGCAACAAAGGCUAAAAAAAAUUAAGAGUAUCUUCCAAGAAUGACUUUACAGUUUCAAAAGGGAAGGUGACCAUUUAGUAUUCGCACCUCUUGUACCUCCACUUGUCACCCUCCGGCCUGCCCUUUUUCUCUCUUCUCUUUCCACCCAUCACCUCUAGCCUCCAUCUCCCAAUUCUAUCCCUUCCCCAUGUGGCUCCACCUACCCACCAUCCCUCACUCCACACAUCACCUACCAGUCCCUGCCUCAACUCUGCCCUUCUCCCCUUUAUACUGGCUAUGCUUUGUUUACGUUCAGUCCUGAUGCAGGGUCUCAACUCGAAACACUGACCAUUCCUUUCCCUCCACAGAUGCUGCCUGGCCUGCUGAGUUCCUCCAGCAGUUUGUUUUUUGCCCCAGAUUCCAGCAGCUGUAGUCUCUUGUAUUGAUUGUCUAGUUCAUAGAGUCUAUGCUGACUCUAUGCAAGAGUGGCCUAAUUUGUCCCACUCCUCUGCCUUAUUCCCCAUGGCCCUGCAAAUAUUUUCCCUGAUACUUGCCAAUUCCCUUUUAAAAUCAUAUAAUCCCAGUAUUGCAUCUCCCACUGUGUAAAAUCUUCAUGUCACAUUUGACAAUCACUUUCAUUCAAAGUUCUUGAUCCCUCCACCAAUGGGAACAGACAGUUUCUGUCUACCUAAUCUGUCUAUUACAAUUCACAUAGAAUUUAUUCUUUAAAAAUUGAAAUUGUGUUGUAAUAGGAACAAUUAUAUUACAGAUUAAAAAAACUACCCUUGUAGUUUUUCUAGCAUAUGAUAAACACUGUUUUAAACAUCUUUCUAAAGUUUUUGUCAUGAACAUCAGUGGAUAUUUAAUAUUAAAGUAUUAGCCAAGUACUUGGUUGAUAACUACUGGUUAUGUUAGUAGCAUUGUGUAUUGUCACUUGAAGGGUUCCACUCAUCAGUUCCGCAUCACAUAGUACAACGUGAUAUUUGGGUUAAAUAUUUAGUUUGGUCAGUAAAUGUAUAUGGUUUAUAUUUAAUUAAAUAAUUGCUUACUUCCAUAGUCUUAAUUUCCAUUGGGAGACAGUUCUUUCCUUGCAGAGAGAGAAAGUGAGGCCUCAAGAUUUGGCCCAAGGUCUAGAGGGCUAGCCCUGCACUAAACUAAAAAGCAUGAUUCUAAUAAUUUUCAGUCUCUGGGUUUAUCCUUAAAAUUGCUCAGUUAGUGUUGUACAUAUUAAGCAGUUAAAUAUUUGGUAUAGUUUAAUGAUAACAAUGAAGCAGUUCUCAUUUGAAGAGUUGAAUGUGUUAUUUGCAAUUUUUUUUUAAAAACAACUUUUACUAUACAGCCAAUUCUAAAAUUAAAUGUACCAAAGUAUUUUAAAUUCAUUUAAAUACUUUAUUUUUUUUGUAUUGUGGAAUAAUGUUAUUGAUUCCUAAAACAUGCUAUUUUAUCCAGAUCUAUUAGCAAAAAAAUAAAUGUUCAAAAGAUAUAUGGGUCAACUCUUCAAACACUACAUUAGUUUAGUGAUAGUAUAACUAAUGGCAUUUGACGCAACAACAGCAGAAAGGCAGCUCUGAAGGUACAUAAUUUGGCAGCAUUUGACUUUAUAUAGUUCAUUAUUUUAAAUAACACAUUAAGUAAAUGACAGACCAACCAUUGGAAUGAACUAUUUACAUCUAGUAAAAGUGAGACAAUGAGUUAAUGUUUCAGGUUGAUAACCUUUCAGACCAUCUGAAACAAACUUUGUUUGACUUAACCUAACCCAACCUACCUGACCUAACUGUUUCCUGCAUUGUUUUAAUUUCCAAUGUUCACCAAAUUGUGUUUUUGUAAUAAAACAAAGGAGCAAAUGUGCUAAUUUUAUGCAUAAAGCAAUUUUAAUAAUUUAUUUUUGUAAAAUAGAGCUUCUCUUCUCAGGUAUUCAGAAUUAAUAAGCUUGUUUAUGCAUGACACUAGAAUAGUUAAAUGAUUGGCCCAUGAAUAAUUAUAUUCUGUUAAUAUAUUAACAUUUAUAGAGGAAUCAGGGAGUUGUUACCGAUUGUAGUGGCAAAAGAGGGAAAAGUUAAUUUGAAUCAUCUCUAAUUGUAUCUGUAGAAUGUUCCUACUAAACCAUCUCUUCAGUUUCUGCUUACAUUCCAAUUCUACAUGUUGUAAAGGCUACAUGAAACAGAACUUGUUUCAGUUUAAAUUCUCAUUGUGCACAUAAUUUUCCAUUUCAGUGGAAAUCUGAUAGUGGUAACCAAAUAUUCUCCUAGGCUGCCAAAAUGCAUCCAGGGUGUGUUCUGAAUGCAGCAAAGUAGGACAAAAAAAAGUUACUCUAGCAUUACUUGACUCAAGAGCCCAGGGUUAAUUUGUAACCCGAAUUCUGGUUUUCCCAAAGUUACAUCAAAACAGGCAACAGCCAUAAAUCUGCUUCUGUUGGAUAACAUUUGCAAUGUAACAGUUCAAGCCAGCACUGAGUUGGAAAAUUCAAUUUUUAUUCGAGUACAUUGUGUAUGAAUUUGGAGUAGCACUGCAUAUAAGAAAGAACUGUCUGGUAGGCAGAAGCUGCCAGAAAGCAAGAUUGUUUCGAGCGGAUGUGCAAAAUAUUAAUUAUUACCUUUCAGCCAUUAACAGUUUUAAUUUCAGGAUUCUAGAAUAUUUAAGUAUGCUGCCUAUUUUCCAUUAUUUAUACUUCAUCCUUUCAAAAUUUGGUAUUCUAAUUAAAUGCUGUAUUUUACUGCAAUUAAGUUGAAUUUGUAAGUUGGAUUUCAAAGUAAUUAGAAAUAAAAAUGCUC